GCUGUCAAAACAGCAGACAGUUUAAAAAAACCCUAAUUGUAGCAUUUUGGGGUGAAUGUUGGUAGCCAAAGCCUGUUCCACUUUGACAGCAGACACCUCCAAGACAGCACCCCUCCAAGACUUUCCAUUUUGCACUUCUGCCAGUACUCACCUCUACACUUGUGCAGGACCAACUAAAAACUUUUUAAAAAUUAACUUACAUAUUUGCACAAAUUUUUAGUGCUGAAAAAUGGAAUGGAAUGGGAUGACAAAUCAAUGACAGUCCACUGUGCUGUGUGGUCUUUUUGUGUCAUAAGACUGAUAGGAUCAUGAAACCAAGAACUGGUUUUUAAUGACCUCCACAAAAUUCCCUGAAAUUUGGGAUGUCAAAUACUCUUUGGCUAUUCUGUGAAUGGCAAAUACUUGUUAAAUGUUUGGUAUCUGUAUUCAGUGAACAAUUAUAUUUUUCAAUAUUGUGUAUUUGAUGGAUAUUUUAUAUUUGAUUUUUGGGAGCAAUGUUUUGUCUUUCCUUUCAUAUGGCUGCUGAAAAGUAAGUUCCUGGGGACUGGUCAGCUCCAGAAGGCAAGAAAGAACAGGCCUUCUCUGGCCAUGGCACAGCUGCCACCUGGCAGGACAGAGGAAUACUGGGACAGAUGCUGUGAGAAAGAACAAUACUGGGCAAUGUCCAGCAAACUCACUGGACAUCUGAAAAGCACACUGAGUUCAGGGAUCCAAGAUCAUUUAGAAAUCAAGAUCUAGAGUGACUCCUGAAAGGUGUACAGAUGCCUGUGAAAUAGUGUGGAAUUGCCAAAAAAGGGAACACUUAGAUGGGUAUGCUUGAUAGUAGGUGGAAAAUCACAAAUAACAGCAUUGUCUAUUAAUGAGUCUUAAGAUGUUCUUCCUAUCACAUCAGCAUUCAGGUGCUUCUGGCCCAUGAGUUCCAGAUACUGAAGAAUAGAACUCACUCUCCUGUGUCAGUACAGAAGACAAGGUGCUCUUGUUCUUCCCACAUAAGCAAUUGAGAGACAAAACAGAAGUAUGGAGAUGAAAUGGAGGCAAUCAGGCUUUUCACAAGUAGGAUUGGAUAAGCUUUGAACCUUGUAGGACCUUGACAAGUGGACUGAGCAGAAGUCAUGAUACUCCUCUGUGCUUUAAAUGAUGGAAAGUGACAAAUUCCAUUCGUAUCUGAAGUCUAAUGUGUCAUCAGUUUAACUCUUUAUAGAACUGAACAGAAUGUGCCUAAGAGGAGGCAUCUAUGAGAAACUCAUUUCAGAUCAUUUUUGGAUUUACCUGUGCACAUCUUCUGGAAUGUAUGUGGACUCUCAUACAAUCUGCAACCGAAGUCCAUACAUUUCCAAGCUUGCAAUGUGAUGCAUGGAUCCGAAAACAAGGCUGGUGUAGAUGGAGAAAGCAUUGGAAACUGUCCUUUCUCACAGCGUCUCUUCAUGAUACUUUGGCUCAAAGGAGUUGUGUUCAACGUUACCACAGUUGACCUGAAAAGAAAGCCAGCUGAUUUACAUAAUUUAGCUCCUGGGACCCACCCACCAUUUCUGACUUUUAAUGGGGAAGUCAAGACAGACGUUAACAAAAUUGAGGAAUUUCUGGAAGAGACGCUUUCACCUCCAAAGUACCCCAAGCUUGCUGCCAAACACCGAGAAGCAAACAUUGCAGGCAUAGAUAUAUUCUCCAAAUUUUCUGCAUAUAUAAAAAAUGUGAAGCAACAGGACAAUAACAGUCUAGAGAAAGGCUUAACAAAGGCUUUAAAGAAGUUGGAUGACUAUCUGAGAACUCCUUUGCUGGAAGAAAUAGACGCAAGCUGCACGGAGGAGGAGAAGGUUUCAAAGCGCAAGUUUCUGGAUGGGGAUGAGCUGACCCUGGCUGACUGCAACCUUCUGCCCAAGCUUCAUGUCGUCAAGAUUGUGACAAAGAAAUAUCGAAACUAUGAGUUCCCAGCAGAGAUGACAGGACUUUGGCGAUACCUGAAAAAUGCUUAUGUUCGGGAUGAAUUCAUCAACACCUGUGCUGCUGACAAAGAAAUUGAAUUAGCAUAUGCAGAUGUGGCCAAACGGCUUAGCAAAUCCUAAUCAAAACUGCAAGACCUCUCCGGAUAAUUUCAAUUUCUUAAAUGCCUCUCUGCAAUGCUUUUAUAUGGACAGAUGUACUCUAGCAUUGUUUUCUGGGUGGCAUAUUUGGGUAGUAUCUCGUGAAUCCCUCCCUCUAAAGGUCAUGGGGAAACUGGUGUUUCCCUUCUCCCCCGUAGCCCUGUGUGGCAUGCCCUCAAAAUCCACUCUGAAUAGCUGAGGGACCUGCCAGAGCAUAUUUUGAGAAGUUCAGGGAAAAAGAAAUGCCUACCACAGAGGCUGCUACCUGUUUGCAUGACUUAAGAUUUUCUCCCUGUAUUAUGUUCCCUGGACUGCUAGAAAUACACAGGUUUUUCUUAGACAAAAAUUGAAGUUUGCAAUGUACAUAAGAAAUAUACCACUGAGUUGGAGCAAAUAUUAUACAUAAUAACGUUUGAAACCAUGUGCUUUGUUUUACAGCCACCUGCUAACACCACAUUCUUUUCCUAGAAUUUACAACUUUAAGUAGAAUAGACAUGUGAAGUGUACUUGAGGGUUUGAAAAACCCUUUGUAGAGAUUUGAUAUGAUCUGGGAUGGGUAGAAAAAUAAGAUGGUUAUAAGAAAAUGGGCACCAUCCUAAGGGGGAGGGCAUCUUUAGGAGAGGAUGGGCAAGGGCAAUGUGUUUUUGGAUUCCAACUUGCAUCAGCUCCAUUCAGCAUGGCCAAUGGCGAAGGAUGAUGGUAUUUGCAAUCCCAUAACAUGUGGAAGCUACGAGUUGCCUCUGCCUGCAAGCCUUGAGAGACAGAUUUAGAAUCAUCUUUGGAUCUCAUUGGAUUAGGAGAUAAUUAUAAUAAGAAUCUGAUGCUGCUGGGACUGCCUAGGGGAAUGAUAGAACUACAGGUGCUAUUCAGCACAAAACCCCACAGUAAGGAAAUAGUAAGUGAAAUAAUUGUGUGCUCAUUUAUUCAUGAUUCAGAGAUGUUUGGAAUAUAAAUAUGAAUGCUGAUAUAAAACAAGCCUAGAUAAAUUUGAAAUGACAA